AUGAGUCGUUGUUUUGAGUUGUCUCUUGCGCACUGUGCAUUCGUGUCCUCGCGUGUUGUAGAAGUUUUGCGUGGUGUGGUGUUGUUUGAAGCUAUUGUUGAUUGGAAAGAUGUUUGUUGGUUUACCUGGCCCAGCGGGAUGUUGCCAUUUCUGGAUGAGUUAAUAGAUCAGCUAUCAGUCCAGGGCGCGUCCUCUGUUCAGCUUUACGCCAGCGAUUGUUGCGUUGCUGUUUUAAUUGCGUUAACACGUGUUUUGCAGUUCGAGAUUUCGGCGAGUCUUAAGAUGAAAUUUUCUUUUCAGAGGCGUUUGGCAUCAUCGAGUCAGGCUGCUGCGGCGCGGAGUGCUGUCAAUCCGGCAGAAGAAAAGAUAUCGCGGUUACCGAAUGGGCUCACUGUUGCCUCGGUGGAUGUUGGCGGUGCGGUAUCCCACAUGAUAUCGCGGUUACCGAAUGGGCUCACUGUUGCCUCAGUGGAUGUUGGCGGUGCGGUAUCCCACAUGGUACUCGCUUACCGAGCCGGAACGCGCUACGAGAUGCCUGAUGAGGGGGGCCUUGUUCAUCACAUACGCAACUGUAUUGGCGCCGAUUCGCCGAGGUAUUACGGCUCGCAGCUGCUUUGGCAGUGCGGCUCAGCCGGAGCCAACGUGAGUGCAAUGAUGACUCGCGAUUUGCUUGCUGUGCACAUGUCCGUUGUCCGAGAUCGGGCAGCGAUCGGGCUGUCGCUGUUGGGCGAAUUGGCACAGCCGGCGUUCAAACCUUGGGAUGUUGAAGAGUACUCAACAACACUGCACACUGACUGUUGCUAUCUUCAGCCCAGCGAUGCCCUCAUGGAGAGUCUGCACAGUGCAGCGUAUCGCAGUGGUGGUCUGGCGAAUCGUCUGUAUGCACCAGAGAAGAGCAUUGGAAAGUUCGAUUAUCGCGAGCUGCAGAAGUUUGCUACCUCACAAAUGGUCACUGGGAAUGCGGUGAUCGUUGGAGUGAAUAUCGCGCACGAUCAGAUACUCGAUUAUGCAAACAGCCAGUUCACACUGCCUGAGGGAGAUGAACGCACACCAAAACCGUCGCCGUAUUGUGGGGGCGAGGAGCGCCAUAAAAGUCCGAUAAAGGAAGCGCAUGUCGCAAUCGCUGGCAAAGGAGCAUCACUGAAGAACACGAAGGGCUUAGCUGUUCAAGCAGUUUUAUGUGCUGCGCUUGGCCAGGGUGCAGCUGUGAAGUAUCCUUUGGGCGCAGGACAAGGCUCAGUUGCUAAAGCAGCAUACAGAGCUUCAAGUGGCUAUCCGUUUGGCUAUUCUGCAAUCUCGGAAGUGUACGGCGACGAAGGACUCGUUGGGGUUUAUCUAGUUGCAGAAGCAGAUCAUAUUGGACCUGUUUUUGAUGCGACAAUCAAGGCAAUCAAAUCGUUCAGCAUCGAUGAUUUGUCGCUUCAGACAGCCAAGAGGCUUGCGACGAUGAAUGUUUUAACGCGUGCCGAGUCAUCUGAAAAUGUUGCUUUGGAUCGCGCUGCGCAGAUUCUUGCCACCGGUAAAACUGAUGCUGUUUCGGAUCUGCUCAAAGAGAUUGCCUCUGUCACCGCAACGGAUGUUACAAAGGGCUUAGCUGUUCAAGCAGUUUUGUGCGCUGCGCUUGGUCAGGGUGCAGCUGUGAAAUAUCCUUUGGGCGCAGGACAAGGCUCAAUUGCUAAAGCAGCAUACGUAAGUUGCCUGAGAGCUUCAAGUGGCUAUCCGUUUGGCUAUUCUGCAAUCUCGGAAGUGUACGGCGACGAAGGACUCGUUGGGGUUUAUCUAGUUGCAGAAGCAGAUCAUAUUGGACCUGUUUUUGAUGCGACAAUCAAGGCAAUCAAAUCGUUCAGCAUCGAUGAUUUGUCGCUUCAGACAGCCAAGAGGCUUGCGACGAUGAAUGUUUUAACGCGUGCCGAGUCAUCUGAAAAUGUUGCUUUGGAUCGCGCUGCGCAGAUUCUUGCCACCGGUAAAACUGAUGCUGUUUCGGAUCUGCUCAAAGAGAUAGCCUCUGUCACCGCAGCGGAUGUUGCAAAGGGAGUCGAACAGAUGAAGUCGAAAUUGACGCUUGCUUCUUACGGAAACAUAUACCAAGUACCAUACCUUGAUCAGUUAUAA